CACUCUACUCUGCCAGGGUCCAGAACUCCAGCGUACUCGGCCACGGUCCAGGUUCACUGUCGUAUGUGCAGGAAAUGGUCACCGGCAGCAUGGCCGGCGUUAGGAUGGUCAAACACUUACGGGCUAAAUAAAGGGGUGAACAUGUUCGGGAGUGGGAGGAAGAGAAAGCCUGUGGGGGGCACUAAGCAAGCUGGGAAGGUUGGCUUGGGAUGCAGAUCGUUGAGGAAAAGGGGUCCUCGGACCGAGAGCAUUAUUUCUCUGUGUGCCGGUGUUGUAAUGCAAUGUUUGCAAUGAACACUGCCUCUGCAUCCUACUUCCCUCCCUCCAAACACAGAGGGCUGCCCACCACAGUGUAAUUAAGGUUUUGUGAUGGUUUUCUGCUGUACUGACCGCCCCACGGUACAGUUCAACCCGUGUGUUGCAAUCGCCUCAAAGAAAGAGACAGAUAGACGGUCAAUACUCCGCUGUCGUCGUGUGGGAAAACAGUCUGUGGAGGAGUCUCCAUUUGUGACACGAGGACAAAAAAGCAGUCAUGUCUAGAACUUGUCCACUGCUCACAGUCCAGCCAUCCAGAGGACUUGUUGAUGAAAAGUUUGUAAUUACUGUAAAACAUUUACCGCCUAAACAAGAGGUUACUCUUUAUUCCCUACAUGAGUGUGAAAACGGGAAUUUCUGGGAGGCAUUUGGACACUAUGUCAGCGACCCACAAGGAGCAGUCUCAGGCACAGACGAUGCCAGUGUAGGAGGUACUUAUGAGGGCAUUGAACCCAUGGGUUUACUCUGGAGCAUGAGACCAGUACCAGGGAGCAAACCAGGACUCAGGUUGAGAAAGAAGAAUGUUCAGACUCCAGUUGUGGUCCAGAUCUUUGUUUACAUGGGUCACCUCAACCAGGGGUUCAGGGAGCAGGUGGCCUUAGCUUGUUCCCCAGUUGAACGCUGGUACAUGGCCCCAGGUGUCCAGAGAGUCGAUGUCACAGAUCCCCUGGUCCGUGGGACCCUCUUCCUUCCUCCAGGUCCUGGACCUUUUCCAGCAAUUCUGGACAUGUGGGGAAUUGGUGGAGGUCUGGUGGAAUAUCGCUCUGCCCUCUUGGCAUCCCAUGGCUUCGUCUCCAUGACACUGGAGUAUCAUUCUGUUAAAAAAGUAAAGGCUGAUAUUCAUUUGCUCCAUUUUGAGAAAGCCUUCAGAAUUUUGCAAGAGCACCCCCUGGUAGCCAGUGAAUGUGUGGCAUUGCUUGGCUUAUCUUAUGGCUGCUAUAUUUCCUUAUACAUGGCUGUGCACUCUGAGGUUGCAAAGCCCAGGUGUUGCGUGUGUAUCAAUGGAAGCCAUGUCAAAUCUACGAAGACAGCAUUCGCACCUGCUUUGGAGUUCUUUAAACAAAACAUGUCCAAAAUGCAUAUUGACAAAGAGAAUUGUGUAAUCUGGAAAGACAUUCUUUUACCAAUAUCAUCGGAUCUUGACACAAAAUUAGAUGUGAGGAAGAUAAAGUGCCCAUUGCUAUUUGUUAAUGGGCUAGAUGAUCAGAGCUUGCCGGCAGCAGAAUCUGCGGAAGAUGGAACAGCAGGUGUCGCCGAUGCACUGGUUGACGGAGACGUGACAGUACCCCCCCAACGGGCGGCUCUGGACGCCUCAGGCCGGGAUGACGGCCGCCCCCUGGGGCAAAGGGGCCAGACGCUCAGGAUGAUCCCUGUGGAAGUCAGAGAUGAGUGCGGGGUCCAGAAUGUCCGAUGCUGCAACCCAGGAUCGCUCCUCCGGUCCGUAUCCCUCCCAGUCGACGAGGUAUUGUAGCCCACCCCGCCGCCUGCAAGAGUCCAACAGGGCCCGGACUGUGUACGUUCGAUCCCCAUCAAUUGGUAAAGGAGGGGACCGAGCUGGGUCGACCGGCGGUUGGCGGAGGGACACCCCUACAGGCUUUAGGAGAGAUAGAUGAAAUGUAGGAUGUACCCGGAGAUCCGGGGGUAACUGAAGGCGGUAGGUAACUGGAGUCACUCAGCGCAAAACCUCGAAUGGGCCGUUGUACCGGGUCCCAAGUUUCUUAGAAGGGGUCUUGAGAUGAAGGUCCCGGGUGGACAGCCACACUCUUUGCCCAGGCGCGAAGGAAAGGGUACGCCUGUGUUGGUCUGCUUGAUGUUUGUACCUUUCGGCACCGUGGAGCAGGUGAUUCCGGACCGUCCGCCACACUAACCGAGGGGGCAUUCACUAAACCAAACGGUAUAACCCGAUGCUCAUAAUGACCUAGAGUGGUGGAAAACGCCGUCUUUCAUUUGUCCCCCUUGCGGAUCCUGAUCAAGUUGUACGCGCUUUGGAGGUCUAACUUGGUGAACCGAUGCGCUGGUUGACGGAGACGUGACAAGGUCACUCACCACGAUUUAAUUAGUGCUACUUCAUCUAUUACAUAGUUGCAUCAUUUGGUGGUGCCCACAUCUUAACCAGCAAUCAUGCGGGGUCAAACUAAAUUUCUUUCCAGGGACAGAGGAGAAAAGCGGGAAAAAUAAAAAGAAAAAAAUAAUUCCUGGGACAGUUCAGGAUGUGGGCCAGUUCAUUGUCACCAGUGGUGGUGGCGGCUGUGAUAUGAACACCUCUAGGUCCUUUCAAAAAGGAGCCAAAGCCACAAGUGUAACAACACCUUCUCUGUCUCAUGGUGAACAGAGGUUGGUGCUCAGUAAAACAAAAUAAUCACCAUCUCAUCUUUAACUUAGAAAUUAAUCAGCAUCACGCUCGUAUACAGGGCUCUAUAACUACCAGUGUGGUAAG